UCCCNCUCGAGAGCGCAGGGUGCGGGCCCCGCCGGCCGCUGCGCGCCCGCUGCCAUGGCUUUCCGCAGGAGGACGAAAAGUUACCCGCUCUUCAGCCAGGAGUUCGUCAUCCACAACCAUGCGGACAUCGGCUUCUGCCUGGUGCUCUGCGUCCUCAUCGGGCUUAUGUUCGAGGUCACCGCCAAGACUGCCUUCCUGUUUAUUUUACCUCAGUAUAACGUUAGCGUGCCUGCAGCAGACAGUGAGACCGUGCACUACCACUACGGGCCCAAGGACCUGCUCGCCAUCUUGUUCUAUGUCUUCAUCACCAUCAUCCUGCACGCUGUGGUCCAGGAGUACAUCUUAGACAAAAUCAGCAAACGGCUUCACCUCUCCAAGGUCAAACACAGCAAGUUCAACGAAUCUGGGCAGCUGGUCAUCUUUCAUCUCAGCUCGGUGGUCUGGUGCUUCUACGUGGUGGUGACGGAAGGAUACUUAACAAACCCAAGAAGCCUCUGGGAAGACUACCCACACGUGUACCUCCCCUUCCAGGUGAAGUUUUUCUACCUGUGUCAGCUGGCCUACUGGCUGCACGCACUUCCUGAACUGUACUUCCAGAAGGUACGGAAGGAGGAAAUCCCCCGGCAGCUCCAGUACAUCUGUCUGUACCUGGUCCACAUAGCCGGAGCUUACCUCUUAAACCUGAGCCGCCUGGGCCUCCUCUUGCUGCUGCUGCAGUACGGCACUGAGUUCCUCUUCCACAUGGCUCGGCUCUUCUCCUUUGCCGAUGAGAACAACGAGAAGCUGUUUAAUGCCUGGGCUGCUGUAUUUGGGGUCACCCGCCUCUUCAUCCUCACACUCGCCGUGCUGGCCAUUGGCUUUGGACUUGCUCGCGUGGAAAACCAGGCCUUUGACCCCGAGAAAGGGAACUUCAACACCUUACUUUGCAGCCCCAUCCCUCUGUCAGCACCUCUACGGUGUGCUAGAGGGGUGAUAGGCAUGGAUGCACACGCUCGGCUGGGGGCAGGGUGGGGGCAUGCCGGCGCCGAGGGGGACGGCUGUUGGGGCUGCGGGGGCCCCGACCAUGUCUCCUGCUCCGGCCGGGCCCCCCCUGAGCCCGCNUACUGGAACGAGCAGAGCGCCAAGCGGAGAGUCCCAGCUGCCCCCAGACUGCCAGCCAGGCUCGUCAAGAGGGAAUCUGGUUACCAUGAAAACGGAGUGGUGAAAGCGGAGAAUGGCACCUCCCCACGGACUAAGAAACUCAAGUCUCCUUGAGGCCAAAGUGCUGGAACAAGGAUCCUCUCGUGGGGGCCCAGCAGGGAGGUGGGGAGCCCGGCCCUCACCACUGCCUUCCCCCUCCUGCUCCUGGCGCUGCCUCUCGAGCAGCAGGAACCGGUCUUCAAACGGGGCUGUUCCUCUUUCUUACUUCUUGGCUUUCUCUUCUUACUCUUCCAAAAACCCUUCUCAAUAAAACCAAAACUCUUCUUCUUUCUCUCCCUCAAGCCACCUCAUGUCCUCACCUCUGUGCUGUGUUGGGUUUUCUGGAACCCAGGCUCGUGUGGUUCUCUUUUGGCUUGUCUCCUCUUUCUAUUCCUUCAUGGCUGCUUCCUUUGACUCUUCACCAUAUUGUGCAAUUUUUCUGUCUGAUUUUUACAAUGAGCGGGAGCUCACAGUGCAGUCCUGGCCAUCCGACAGCCAGCAUCAGUCCCCAGGACCUGUCAAAGUCAGAAGCCUCGAGCCUGGAGCCUCCGCCUGGGGCCGCUACCUGGCCCCCGGGAGGCCCCGUGUUCAGGCGAGGGGAGGAGAGAGCAGCCCACGUGGAUCAUCGUCUCCCGGUGCUGAUUAACUGAGAUGUAUGAUUCCAGUGCCGCACGCACCACACGGAGGCCCGGCAGCGCCACUGCUACUUGGAAAUGCCAGGGCGUUUGGCUGUGGGGCACAGCCACCCGGUCCAGAAAGGUGGUGGGAACUGUGUUGGGUCCCGGGACUCAAGGCUGCUCUCCGGUGGCCGCUCCUGGAUGGAGGCCAUUCGGCCCUCGCUUUGCCGGGGAGGUGCUGAAGGACAAGUCUUCCGCCCUCUGGAGCAAGAGCAAAGCUGCGGAGCAGCAGACACUUCUGGAAAGGUAAUGGUGGCAGAGAUGACGGAGUGGUCGCCCUAGAGCUUUCUUCAGGCCCAGCCCCAGCUGCUUUUUCAGCCGUUUGCCAGCAUUCAAACCCCAGCCCACCUGCAGUGACCAGAGCGGCCUGGAGGAUGCUGGUCCUGAAGCCCAGACCCAGGCGGCCUGGUGAGGGGCUGGCCUCGCUGCCUCACUUAACCUCUCCUGCUGCAGGAGCACCGAGCCCCGCACUGGCCCCCGGUGCCGCAGGGAGUUGCCGGGCCACCUACCCUCUGGCUCGUCUAUUGAGUGUCUUUGGGCUGGUCGUUGUCACCCUGUGAUGUUUGUUGAGCGCACCUGCAACAUUUUAGACUGUACGAAAGUGGGACUGAUCGGAAUGAUGUGCCGGGCAGACAAGCAGACGCCCCUGUGCCAGUGGGAGGUUCUGCCUUCCCCUCCGCUCUUCUUCCCUUUGCUCCCCGCAGAGACAAGGCCUCCAAGUCCAUAUGGGGCCUGGGGAGGACUUCAGAAGGGGUCAGGCUAAGUCCUAAUUAAGAACUCUCGAACUCUGCAUGGAGGUGCAGGGAGCAGGUCUGGAUGGGUGUAGAAAUGCGUCGUUGGAGGUGCUGGUCUUCUUUCCGACCUCACAGUAGAAGCCAAACCUUGGAUUGUUAUCCUAAAAGGGGGAGAUGGGCCUUUCAUCAGGGCAGCUCCCCUUCUCCAUGUCACUUGCAUCAGAGAUAGAUUUGGUUUUCCAGUGACAGGGAUUUGUACCCGAACACCAUUGUCAACCCUCCUUGCUGGGCAGAGCUGCUCUUAGCCUCUGAUGACCCUUAGGAAGCAGGACGGCCCUUGUGGAGAUCUGCAGCCCUCCCGUCUUCUCUGACACUUCUCUGGGCUGCAGAGCAGAACGUUGCUAGGAAGGUGGCUUGGUAUCAACCCGGCAGACCUGAGCCAGGACCCCUUAGCCAUUUGGCUAAAUACCCCUGCCCAGGCUGUGGUUUUGUUCAUCUCCCUACCUUGCCUGGUGAGGGAAGGACGUCCAGCCGGCAGCCUCCAAAGCUGCCCCAUGAGCCUCCCUGCCCAUCCCAUUUCUCCCCUGGCUGUGUCCCAGGCAGCGUUCUGUCCCCGCAAGGGGUCACUCCCUCAGGUGAGCCCCAGGUAAACUUUGGCAGGUGUGUGGUGUGCUGCAGGCCGAGAGGUGGGGCGAUAGCUUGAGGCCGGCCAUCAGGCAGCCUCCCUUCUCGCGUCCACAGGUCUAGGGAGGUGUUGCCAGAGGCCACGUGGCUCCGUGUCCCCUAAAUGUCCUGUAAGCUGGCGCGGUGGCGUGUGAUUCAGAGGUGGUGCCGCUGCCCCAGCGGCUGGGGCCAACGUAGGCCGUUUCUUAAAGGAUAGGGUGUGUGCAGGGAUGAGGGCUAGUGAGAUUUUUUUUCUGCCAUGUCAACACCCCUGAGACCAUGAGUGAGGCUAGUGUGUCAUCGGCCAGGCCUCAGGAAUGAUCGGAGGGGAGGGGGGGGGAGAAGAGUAAUUGUGGGACCUUUGUCACCCCCUGGCAUCUCGGCCACGUUUGUCUCCGAGCAGAGCCCAGGCUUUGGCCGGCUUGCUCAAAGCAGGGUGCCAGGGGCCGAAGUAACCCCACCUCAUCCUGUGAGCUGCUUGUGCUGGCUUGUCCUGAUUUGGCCACUUUGGCUGUCUUCAGUCUUAAACGUUCUCUCCUGUCCCCAAAGUGCCAAGCCCUGUGGGAGGGCCGUGCCAGACAGCUGCAAGUUUGAGAGGCCAGCCCGGCAAGAGCAGGAGAAUGGAUGCAAAUCUACCUCAGCACCGGCCGCCUCUCUCAACAUCCCUGACUGGCACAGGCGUGGGGGAGGCCGAGCAGGUGGCAGUGGCAGGCGAGGCCGGCUGUGUGGUGGGUGUGGGGACCCGGGGCUGCUGAGCUUCAGUGUUGGGAAAGCUAUUUUUACCAUCAGGCUCUGAGAGCUGCACUAUUAAUAAGUUAUGUGUGUUCUUUUUGAAGGUAGGGGAAAGUUCGAGAGGAAAGGGGGAACAGGCAGAGCCCAGAGGGGAGCUGCUGCUUCCCCAUUCUAGUCCAUUCUGUGUGUGUGUGUGUCUGGGCCACCAGACCUAAACUGUUGCCGAGAACCUUCUGUGUUUGUCCCAAGGCAGCGCUUACUAACGUUCAGAAACCAGACUAGACCUCGUGCUCUGGCCACCUUUGCAGAUGGCGGCUCUUGACGGGAAUCCCUCGGCGCCUAGAAACCCUGGAAGCCUGGCUUGGGUGUUCUGUGCGUCUGGGUUUUUCUUUAGGGACCUUCUCCCUCGGUACCCUUUGACUUUUUUCCUAAGUGGUGAAGGAGAGGUAGGGGCAGAGAGUACACCCCCUCCCAAGAUUCCACAAGAGAAAAUUCUAUUCCCUGGAUGCUUUUUAAAAUUUGCAGUGGCUUGCCAGGCCCCGUGCGGCUCAGGAAGGCUUGGUUUGGAUUUCUUUGGUUUGGAUUUCAGCCUUCCCAGUCAGUUUUUCUUUCCCUCCUGAGGGCCUUGGAGACCCAAGUGAACAGACUUUGUUCGCAAAUGUCGUAUGUCGCCCUCUGUUCCUCCCUGAUGGAGGCAGGACAAUGGAGUGGUCUUUCUUCCCUCCUGCUGCCUCCCCUGCCCAUGGGCCUGGUCCUCAGAAGGAACUCUGGGCACGACCAGGGAACAGGGUCAUUGUCAGAUCAUGGGAAACUUCAGUAGAAUCCCUCUCCGACCCCCGGUGGCUCAGGAGGCAGCCUUCACCCUCUCGCUUUACUCUGGUUCCCACAGGGAUCGUUUAACCGCUGCUCCUCAUCCGCUGCCUCCCCUCUGGCCUGCUCCCUCUUGUUCUAGAGGUCUCAGAAAAGCACUGGGACUUGUGUGUCCUGUGCUGACCUUAUGCUCCGCAACCCCUGAGAGUUCUUGUCCCAAGCAGCCCUUUCCUCCUCUGUGUAUGAAGUGCCUUACUUGCCGUGUGGCCUUCCGGCCUCUGCACGUGCUGUGUGGCCAGCCCCCUGUGGCGGGUUGUCAUGUGCAGCUGAGGACACUGGACCCCAGUAUAGUCCAUGUAAAAGGGACACGGAUUAUGACAUUUUGGCCUCAUUUGUCUCCAUCCCUUCCCCCCAUGCUGUUGGGGUCCAUGGUAUGUUCUAGGUUUUGUUUCUGGUUUCUCCCUUGUGUUGGCUUUCUGGCCCACAUGGGUGGCUACAGAAGCCUAGAAGCCCAGGGGCCUCCAGGGACGAGGUCUCCCGCGGUGAGCCCUUCUCUGCCAGGUCCCCCCCAGCCCCCCGAUUAAAAAGAAAAGUAGCCUGGCUCUAACCUCUUCCAAUCUGUUUUGCCUCCCAUUCAACCCACAGUUGAUAUGAUCAGGGUGUUUACUUUGACUUCCCAGUCACAAGUGUUUGCUCACAGACCCCGGGCUGACAGUGGGUCUAGUUUGGCUGUUGCAGAAUUUCUUCGCGCUCCUCAGUGUUACCUAUGUUAGCAGCCGCAGCUGCCUGCCGUCUCCUUGCUCCUCCGGGUUGUGCAAUAACUCUCCCCGCCCGUGGUCUUCCCACAGGCCCUGCUGUCGCUAAGCACCCUGCAGCUGGGAAGGGAAGGGACCCGCGGGAGGGUGGUCGUCCUCCCCACAGAAGAAACGUGCGCCACUUCCCCUUCGUUGCUGUCAUUCUCUUCAUCUGGGUGGGUUUCCGUGCACUCUCCUAGAACAUUGUAGCAUCGCCUUAGAAGGCCGUAGAUUUUUUUAAAAAUCUGUUGAAAAGG